GUUUCAGUUUCAUAACCGAUUUUCUCUCUCUAACUUUCUCUAUCUCUCUCUCCAUCACUCUAUCAUCUCUGUUUGGUUGUGACUUUGCAUCAACACGCUUCUCCUUUGAUAAUGGAUUCCACCACCAUGGAUCCUACUAGAGCUUUUGUCAAAAGUGUGAAGCGUCUUGUUGUUAAGGUUGGAACGGCUGUGGUCACUAGAAGUGAUGGGAGAUUGGCGUUGGGAAGACUUGGGGCUCUAUGUGAGCAGCUUAAAGAAUUAAACUCUCAAGGCUAUGAAGUUAUUUUGGUGUCAUCAGGAGCGGUUGGUCUUGGCCGCCAAAGGCUAAGAUACAGGAGAUUGGCCAAUGCCAGCUUUGCUGAUCUGCAAUAUAUACAAGACAAUUUCGAGGAUGGAAAGGCUUGUGCGUCUGUUGGGCAGGGCAGUCUCAUGGCUCUUUAUGAUACAAUGUUUAGCCAGCUCGAUGUCACCUCGUCUCAACUUCUCGUGACUGAUGGAGUUUUCAUGGAUCAAGCUUUCAGGAGACAACUUUCUGAUACCGUGAAUUCCUUGUUGUCUCUGAGGGUUAUUCCUAUUUUCAAUGAAAAUGAUGCUGUCAGCACUAGGAGAGAACCAUUGAUGGACUCCUCGGGCAUAUUUUGGGAUAAUGACAGUUUGGCAGGCUUAUUGGCGCAGCAACUGAAUGCUGACCUGUUAGUGUUGUUGAGUGAUGUUGAAGGUCUCUAUAGCGGUCCUCCAAGUGACCCGAAAUCAAAGCUAAUCCAUACAUAUGUCAAAGAGAAGCAUCAAGAUGAGAUCACAUUUGGAGACAAGUCGAGGUUGGGCAGAGGUGGUAUGACUGCUAAGGUCAAUGCUGCUGUUUCUGCUGCUAGUGCUGGCAUCCCUGUUGUCAUCACUAGUGGCUAUGCCCCAGAAAAUAUCAUCAAAGUUCUUCAAGGAAGGCGUGUUGGUACUGUCUUUCAUCAACAUGCACAUUUGUGGCCUGUGGUUAAAGAAGUGUGCGCACGUGAGAUGGCAGUUGCAGCACGGGAAUGUUCUCUGAGGCUUCAAGCCCUAGAAUCUGAAGCUAGGAAGCAAAUUUUGGUGGACAUAGCUGAUGCACUUGAGGCAAAUGAAAGUUUGAUAAAAUCUGAGAAUGAAGCUGAUAUUGCUGCUGCUCUUGAAGCUGGGAAAGACAAGGCACUCGUUUCUCGUUUGACCCUAAAGCCUGGGAAGAUAUCUAGCCUUGCAACGUCAAUACGAAAACUUGCUGAUAUGGAAGAGCCUAUUGGUCAUGUUUUGGGGAGAACAGAGAUGGCCGAUGGAGUUAUCUCAGAGAAAGUGUCCUGUCCUUUGGGUGUCCUUCUGGUUGUUUCUGAGUCUCGGCCCGAUGCCUUAGUUCAGAUAGCCUCGUUAGCAAUUCGGACUGGCAAUGGCCUUCUGCUUAAAGGCGAAACAGAAGCCAAGCGAUCAAAUGCAAUCUUGCACAAGGUUAUCACGUCAGCAAUCCCAAGUACGGUUGGUGACGACCUUAUUGGACUUGUGACUUCAAAAGAGGAAAUUCCUGAUCUGCUCAAGCUUGAUGAAGUAAUAGAUCUUGUGAUCCCUAGAGGCAACAGUAACCUUGUUUCUCAAAUCAAGGAAUCAACAAAGAUUCCUGUUCUUGGUCAUGCUGAUAUGAUUUGUCAUGUUUACAUUGACAAGUUGGCUUGUAUGGAUAUGGCGAGGAGCCUUAUUUUAGAUGCGAAGAUUGAUUAUCCUAUCGCCUGUAACGGAAUGAAAACUCUUCUUGUACACAAAGAUUUGUCAAGUAACAGUGGAUUUAGUGAACUUAUUAAAGAACUGCAACAUAAAGGUUUUUCUCUAUAUGGUGGACCUAAAGCGAGUACGUUGCUGAGUAUUGCGGAGGCAAGUCCUUUCCAUCUUGAGUACAAUACAAUGACUUGCACAGUUGAGAUUGUUGAGGAUAUUUUUGCUGCUAUUGGUCAUAUUCACCAUCGUGGAAGUGCUCAUGCUGAUUGCAUUAUCACAGAAGAUGAUGAAGCUGCUGAACUUUUCUUAAAUAAGGCACACAGUGUCGCGCUAUUCCAUAAUGGACGAACAAGAUCCUGCAAUGGAGCACACUCUGAACUUACUGCAGAGGUUGGGAAACCUGAUAGCCAGAUUCAGGCUCGAGAUCCUGUUGGGGUCGAAGGAUUGUUGACAGCAAGAUGGACUUUUAAAGGGAAUGGGAAGAUAGUAGAUGGUUAUGAAGUGAUCAACCAAAGCCAAAAGGAUCUCCUUUUGAAAGCCUAGCCAUCUCCUUUUGAAAGCCUAGCCAUGAGGGGAGAUAUUGUUGUAGUCAUUAGAAGCCAAAAAAUUACUAAUGUGAACUUCCUUAUUCUUAGCCCUUAGAGAUCAUAUUCCAUAGUAUUGUUAUGCAAUUUAAUCCUUAUUUUAAACCCCUUUGUCGGAUUUUUAACCCCUCAUUCAGUCUGUCCUUUUUGGUUGUAUUACAUUACUAUCAUUAUUACCUUCUAUUUUUCUUUUCCUUGGAGUUGUAUUACUCACCACAGGGAUGACAAGGGAAAAAUUUUACUGGGCGUAUCAACAUUGACAUUUAAUGGAGUAUUCUUCUUCUUCUUGUUA